AUGGCAGACGACGAGCAUCUCCUCACCCGCGCCCAGGGCCUGAGCGACUUGGAGCUGGCCUUCCUCAUCAGCCUCAUGAGCCGUGAGCACUGCAUCAUCACCACCCACCCUUCGGCCCUGAACAACCUCCUCGAGGAACUACAACUUGUUUGUCCCCCCCAAAGUCCCAACCUACCUCCCCGCCACAAAACCCACCUCCUUGCUUACCCCAGGUCUACCACAGAUCGCCGCAAAACCUUUGGCCUGAAUUCCGUCAUCAUCGACUGCCACCCCACCACCACCCUCGACGACUUCGUCUCCGCCCUCCUCCUCUCCACCCAGCAGCCACCUCCCUCGCAAACCACCUCCCCUUCCUCCCCGCGCCGACUCCUACUUCCACACCCACCCCCGCAUCCCCGGCGCCUCGGGCCUCGCCCCCUCUCCCCAUCAACCCCCAGUCUCGCCCACCACCCCCGUCGGCGUCGGCGUCGGCGUCGGCGGUCCUUCCACCACCGCUCCCGGCGCCAACCUUCUUCCCCCGCCACCUUCUCCAUCGCCGAACUCGUCCUCGCGCGCAACCUCGAUCGCGCCCCGAAAGCCGUGCAAAUCCAGGCCCUCGAGCUCCUGAGGACCCGCCGCGUCUUCACCCGCACCGCCGUGCAAGCCGCCCCCAAGACCUUCCUUUUCGUCCCCGUCCUCACCACGGGUCGCGCCCGCAAUGCCCGGCGCACUACCAUGGGCUUGACGCCCCACCUCAACGACCUCUUCUUCAUAUCCCACUAUCACGACCUCGAGGAUGGCUUCCCCGCCUCGAAGAAGGUCUCGACGUAG